AGCAGCUAUAGGAUACUUUGAAAUAGCCUAAAUUCGAUUUGGGGAGAUUUUUUUUGUGGCAAUACUUGAUUGAUUACAUUGCGAGUUACCUGUGUUAGUCUUGGUAGAAAAUUGGAAACAUCGAAUAGUGCUUUUUCAAGGCCCUCUUCAACGAAAAUCGUUUCUUCGGGAGCAUUCAGGAGCGAACAAGGGACAGUCCAACGUUAUGAGAAGAUGGCUUUACUAUACCUAGGCCAGCAAGGUAAAAACAAAACCAAGUACUGGCCCGAGUGGCCAAACACAGUUCAUCUCUAUAUGUUUUGCCUUUAUCUAUAACUGGUUGCUUGAAGCGAGUACUUUAAUUAAGCUUGCCAACAACGCAGUUCGGCAAAGAUUCGAGCUUCGAUUCGAUUCGAUCGAUAAGCUGGAUUCAAAAUCAUAGCAAUAAAAAAUUUGGCGGGUUGUGACAUUUGCCAUUCUGUUGUUCACAAAUCAACUGAUUUGUGCAGGCAAGGAGGCUAACAUAGAGGCUCUUCGUCACCCCCAGGGGACGAUGGCCGAUGAUGAUGGCAAUGAGACUAAAUACAACGAUGGGAACAGCAACAACAAUGAGAAGACUGCCGAGGAUAAUCACGAAUCUGAGCUUGGCCCUGAAUAUCAGGGCAAGAUUCUGGGACCUAGUAUCUUCCAACAGAAUAUCGUUCAACGACCAAUCACAAAAUCAAGGAAUUACUUGGAAUAUGGGUACACCACUCAGUUCAACAUCGACAUAAGCAACAUUGACGAGGCGAUUAUUAACGCGUUCAAGCUGAUAGAUACGAACAGCAGCGGUAGACUUAGUCGCAGCGAGAUGUUAAGUUCGUUCUGUAACCGGAACGGAAGUCAGUUCACUCGGGAGACCAUUUUACUGCUAUGUGGUAUGUUUGAUUCAGACAACAGUGGCGGACUGGACCUUUACGACUUCGCGCGUCUCUACUUCUUUAUGGAAGACUGGAUAGACCUUUGGAAACUAUACGACGUGCAUCAAAAAGGUUGGGUGAAUGCAAGUGAGAUGUAUCGCGCCUUGAAGGAUCUGGGUUACAAGAAGAUUGAUCCGAUCGUCGUGCAAAGUCUCGCUCAUAAAUUCGGCAAAACUGGCAAAAAGCUCUAUAUAGACCCGUUUAUACGGAUCUGUGCUGUGUGCAAACGUAUAACAGACAAUUUCCGCAAAAAAGACAAGAGACGAGAAGGCAGACUGCGCAUGAGUUAUAAUGAUUUCAUCAAGUUAUCGCUAAGGUCAUGCUUCUAAGCAAUAUAGGAAGUUAAAGUUGUUCACGCCAUGCAUCGAGCUUGUUCUGUAAUGAUCUAAAUAAGGCCAUUUAUCAGAGCAAUAUUCAGUUUACAGCAUAAAGAACCAACGAACGAAAGGCAGCGUACAAAAAACGACUAGUUUCUCAUGUCCUGGUGCCAUCAUAACGUUAAGCAGCGACAGCCUUUUCGAUCUAACAAUUCAAGAUGAAGCUU